UUGCCUUAACUAGUUUAGAACUAGUUUAGCAGUCUCGCUGAUGUGUGUUGCAUAGACCAUGACUGCCGGAGAUCUAUAAAUCUAAAUGAAAUAAUCUUUAUUAAUAGCAAGUAUAAUUUGGUCAUUUCUACAUAGACAUUUCAAUUAAUUUUAAUCUAGAACAGAAUCAACUUGAAAGCGAUAGAAUCUUUACAAACUAACGUUCUCUAGUUAUUUAUCACUGUAAAUGUAUGGUGUGCGGACAUAGUUGUUUAAAUAGAACAUAAGGCGCCACAAGUUUUGUUAUCUUUAUUAAUUAAUUUUUUUUUUUUGGUCUCUCGAGACGCAACAUAGAAGAAUAUUAGAUCUAUACGUUCGCAUGAGUUGUACGCACAUUGUAGACUAAAUCUAUGUAGCAAAUUACUUUUGAAUUCAUGGAUUUAGCUCAUUUGCCAAUUGAUUAAAAUGUAGAUCAAAGAAUGCUACAAAUGAUUUGAAAAGUCUUUGGCUCUAUCAACCAUGGGAUUCAUUCUGGCAUCUUAUUUGGUGUCGUUUCAUUGUCUGGUCUGUAUAGUCCAAGGCCUGGAGGUACUGCACACUUUUAGAGAUCCCGAGGAUAACCACUUUCAAAAGAUAGCAGUGGAUGAAGACACUGGACAAGUGUACAUUGGAGCCACUAACAGGCUCCAUCAGUUGACUUCUAAUUUAAGUCUGGUACAGAGUGCUGUGGUGGGCCCAAGGGAGGAUAACCCCAAUUGCCCGCAUCCUAUAGUACCUUGUUCUGAAGCCAAAGUUCCGACUGCUAGUAUUACCAAAGGUCUGGUCAUUAACUAUGAAGACCAAUCUAUCAUCCUGUGCACUAAUCUCUUCCAUGGGUUCUGUCAGAUUCUAAAGCUGAACAAUAUCACCGUCACAAACAGUGUGGCCAAUAAACCUCUGGUACCUAACACAGCUGAGGGUUCCUGUGUUAUGCUGAUAGCCCCAGGGGUAGACAAGUCCAAUAGUCUGUACAUUGGAGCUGAGUACACUUCCCUGGGUAUUGAGAAGUAUCGCGACCUCGUGCCAAGUAUCAGCAGCAGGGAGCUCAAGUACCUGGAGUUUGUUCACCGAGACACCGAAGGCGGCACCAGGAUUAGCAUGAUCAACGGGAAUCGCAAAGAUUUCACCUUGAAGUUCGUCUACGCCUUUGCCUCGAGUGGAUAUGUUUAUUUCAUAGUGAACCAGAAGAAGGAUUUGAAAUCUUCUGAGUGGGUGACCAGGAUCAGCCGUUUGUGCCAAGGGGACAAGUACUUCCGAUCUUACGUGGAGAUACCUUUAGAGUGUAGCAGUGAUCCGGCAGCGUCCUCUGGCAUUGCCCAGGCGGCUACAUUGAUGGACGGAAACUCCCUGGUCUUGUCCUUUGCUUCAGUUGGAAGCUCAACAGGACCUUCGUGGGUGUGUCACUACUUUUUGCAGGACAUCAAUAAAGCCUUUGAUGACACUGUCAAGAGCUGCUAUGCCGGCCAAGGAAAAGUUGGUCCAGCUCACUAUCAGUCAAUCAGAUCCUGUAUGUCCAGCAGCAACCCAGUGGAUUACUGUGGCAGUUCUGAUUUCUCUAAAGCUCACCCAUCACUGGAAGGGAGGACACCACUGUUAGAAAAACCCAUUAUAUCUCUUCCGAAUGACAGAAUUACUUCCCUUACAUCAACCCAAGAAGCAGAACAAAACAUGCUACAUGCAGGAACACAAGAAGGCUACAUUAUAAGGAUGCUUGUUGAUAAGACAUCAGCUACUGUAGUGAAGAGAUUACACCUGGGCAUGUCACAGCCUAUACUAGAAAUACUUAAUGCCUAUCAUCCAGAGAAAAUCUAUGCAUUGACUUCAUCCAAGGUUUACCUCUUGUCCACGGACCACUGUAAGAGUCAUUCAACCUGUGCUGAGUGUGUAGAUGGGGUGGAUCCACUCUGUGGCUGGUGUGUUAUGGAGGCCAGGUGCUCUGUGAAGAAAAUGUGUCAACCUUCUGCAUUCAAACCUUAUUGGCUCUCAGCUGAACAGAACACAUGCUUGAAUGUCUCUGAUGUGUAUCCCAGUGUGAUUAGUUAUCAGACCUUAGGAAAAUCUGAUCAGACUCUAAAGUUCUCCCUGGAGUCUGUGCUGCUGACCCCAUCCAGUGACCUUAACCUUGGCUGUCUGUACCAGUCUGGGGAAAUGAAACACAGUAUGCCUGCGUCCAUCACCAAUGACCGCCUCAUCAGUUGCCCACUACCUGGGAUGGACAAACUGACUCCAAUAGCUCAGGGUGAGGAUCAUGAGAAGCUGAAUGUCCACUUCCAUGUGAAGGGAAAAUCUAUUGUGACUAGAAGUGUCUCACUAUUCAACUGUAAUGCCCACUCCUCAUGUACCAACUGCACCCUUAGUAAAUUUGGCUGCAAGUGGUGUUAUACAUCUGGUCAGUGUGUGGAGUCUAAAAGUGCUUGUAAAUAUCCUAAUGGCACAACAGCAAAAUCUGUGAAUUCUGAAGACAACUGUCCACAAAUAAUACCAACCAACAGUGACAGAGGAAUUUUGGUUCACUCGGGAUUAAGAAAACAAAUAGCUAUUCUAGUUAGGAAUAUAUUGCCUGAACAAAAUACUAACUUGAAAUGUUCCUUUACCCACUCUGGUCAAACUACAAUAGUAGAUGCAAGCAUUACAUCCUCAUCACUGUCUUGCUCCAAUGUGCAGUUCAGCUUUGAGGGGGAGAGCCCAUAUACCAUUGCUGAUUUUAUGGUAACCUGGGGACCAAAGAAUCUACCUCUAGAUAAUCCAAAUGGACUUCAAGUGAGAAUCUACAAGUGUAUGCAUAUGGUCACCUACUGUGGUCAGUGUUUGUCCAUGGAUCCAGAAUAUGAAUGUGGCUGGUGUGAGGGAUCCUGCAAUGAUCCAACCAAAUGUGAAGGGAAAUGUCUCCUACAAAGGAACUGUACAAACUCUUGGCUAGACAGGGCUGCGACGUGUCCCAAUCCACAGAUCACUAGAUUCACUCCUGCUACUGGGCCAAUCAAAGGGUCAACACUCCUUACUGUCACUGGUAUCAACUUAGGCAAGGUUUACUCUGACAUAACUGCAGAUGUUGCUGGGAAACCUUGUACUAUCAAAUCUGAUCACUAUCAUGCAGCUACAAGGUUUUUGUGUGAAGUUGGUCAAGUUGAUGUAGAGACCAAAGGAAUUAUAACAGUCACCAUAAGUGGCCAAUAUACAGUGAAGUCUGAUGCCGAGUUUGUGUUUGUGGACCCUUUACUCUUGUCACUGUCCCCACAAGCUGGACCCAAAUCUGGUGGCACAGUUUUAACACUAACUGGAGAUCAUUUGGAUGCUGGCAGUGAAACAAGUGUUAAAAUGGAAGGUGGAAUGUGUGAAAUAUUAAAAAUCAACAGAACUGCCAUUGAGUGCAAAAGUCCAGCACAGCCCAGUCAAAACACAGAAGUCAGAUUGGAAGUUAUUUUUAGUGGUUAUAGAAAAAGUUUGAAUACCCCAUUUCAUUACAAGCCUGAUCCAACAGUGAAAUUGAUAGAGCCUCUGAAGACGAUAGUUAGUGGUGGAACUACCAUGACUAUACGAGGUGAAGGGUUUGAUUUGAUACAAAGGCCUCAGUUCUUUACAGCUUAUCAAGGAAAGAAUUAUACAGAGGAUUGUAAAGUAACCAACGUCAACAUUAUGGAGUGCCAAGUGCCAGCCAUUCAUGCUCCUGAUGUCACUAUACUGGACACAAGUCCACUAGAAGUACAGUAUGGCUUCAUCAUGGCCUCUGUUGAACAGCUGAAGAAUGUGUCCAGUACCAUUGGACCUUUACGCUAUUACCCAGACCCCAUAGUUCACCCUUUCAGUGAGGAUGAAAGAACCAAGAAAUUCCAGGAACAAGAUCUGCUUUCCAUCCAGGUAGGUUCCUUUCAUGUGGUCAAUGUCCUGAUAGCCAGUGUUCAUGUCUUUGUUGGUCAAGCUCAAUGUACCCAAGUAUCUGCUAGUGACAAGUCCAUCACUUGUCUGCCACCUAGCAGCACACCUGAAGGCACAGAUUCCUCAGGCAAAGCUCAAGUUACAGUCCAUAUAGGCAACAUAAAGUCUGCUCCAGGAUUUCUACGCUAUUACUCCCCAGCAGAGACAAGUAAACCAAUAGCACUUGGUAUUAUACUUGGUGUGGUGCUGCCCAUUUUGUUCAUUGUCAUCCUGCUCACCAUAUGUGUCCUGCGUCGCCAUCGUAAACAUAAACCUGACCAGAACUACAUUCCUGAUGUCCUGAAGGACUAUGAGGGCAAGAAGUCUAAUGAAGAGGAAAUGACCAACAUGGAUAACCUGCCUAUCAAAGUGGACAUGAAUGGAGGACAGAUGGACAGAAACUCAGACUCCAGCCCCUACAUCAAUGAAUUGCUAGCUAAAUUUGAAGAGCCUGUAUUGAAACAAAGUAUUUCAGCUGCGUUGAUAUCACGUUCAAAGUUGGAUAUAGGAGAUUUAAUUGGUAAAGGUUACUAUGGAGUUGUUUAUAAGGCUGUUUAUAAACACACAGACUCUGAUAAACAAGCUGAUGUAGCUGCUAAAACUUUAUUAGCCUGUAGAUCUGAAGCUGAGGCACUGCAACAGUUCCUUCAGGACGUUGCCAUGGUGCGUGACUUGUCCCAUCCACAUCUUCUGCGUGUUGUUGGGGCUGUGGUCAGUGCUAGUGAUGAUCCUAUUGUUGUUAUGCCCUUUAUGGCCACAGAAGAUCUGGGCUCUUAUGUCAGGGAGCCAGCUAAGUCUCUGAGCCUGACUGACUUACUUGUGUAUUGUAAUCAAAUUGCUGAUGCUAUGGCAUAUUUAGAACAUCUUAGAAUUGUACAUAGGAAUUUAGCAGCCAGGAAUUGCAUUAUUACAGAGGAAGAUGGCAAGCCAGCAUCUAUCAAACUAACAGACUAUGUAGUGACUGCCAGCCUUUUCCCUCAACAGUUCUAUAUAGCAGAAGAUGGAACAGUUUCUGAACUUGUGAGGUGGAUGGCACCAGAGUCUAUUACAGACUUCACCUUUACAUCAAAGUCUGAUGUGUGGUCUUUUGGUAUUGUAAUGUGGGAAGUGUUGACCCGUGGAGUCGAGCCAUACCCCAACACAAAGCCUAAAGAUGUAGUGCAACAAAUUCAAAGUGGAAAACGUUUGCCAAAGCCUAAAAGUUGUCCAGAAGUGAUAUAUGAAUUUAUUCUGUCAUUCUGGACAAGUGAAGCCCAAAGUAGACCAACCUUUGGAAAUGUUAUGGAACUCCUUGCACCAUUUGUAAAUGAUGGCAAGCAAGAAUCCCAUCCUAUGAUCAAAUCUGUAGAGGUAGGGGGUGCUGAGGAAUACAAGGAACUCUUUGGUUAGACUCUAGGAUGUCCUAGAACACAUUGAACCAGAUCACAUUCAGAUGGAUUAUAAACACUUCAUGAAUCUCCCAGUCAACAGGAUGAAUUCAUUCUGUGAGACUAAUAGACCAAUGUGCUGACCAGCUCAAGUGCAAUAAUUGUGUAGAUGUCAGUAGUUAAAUGUGACUCAUGAUCAAAUGAACAACUGUAGCUCUGUGGUGUUCAACAUGUACUAGUGGCAGAAAGUAGUUAAAAUGUACAUUGUUUGAAACUUAAUAGACAUUUUUUUAAAACACUAAGCCAUGUUGACAUAAGCUGGAAGUCUGCAAUAUCUUAUCAUUUGUCCAAAUGUUGUGAUUUGUAAAGUAGUAUGUUCAGUAAGACUUAAAUAAAAUAUACUAGCAAUAAUUUAAAAUUUCACUGGCAAGUUGGAUGUACUAUAGACUUAGUCAUCAAAUAAUGGAAGAAUUUUGCAUUGAAAUGAAGAAAAUUUUAAGUCCAAUUAUUUAUUUGAUGAAAGUAGACAAGAUUAGUUGUAAGUCAAAGCAAGUGUAUGUUUGAAUAUUAUGUAAAAACUGUACAUAUGAGUUGAUUUCAUUUAUGAUAUUGUAUGAUGCAAUAAUUAUUGCUGAUAUUUUAUCAUUGUCAAGUCUUUUCUGUAUGACCAAUGUUGGUGUCCAAAGUGGUCCACUAUAUUGUCCUGCGUAUAAAUUUGCUAUAAUGUCAUGUCGAUUUACUAAUGUGCAAAACUUGUGUUCAUGCAGCAAUUUAUUCAAAAUGCUUCUGUGUCCUGUAUAUAGGUGCUACUUUUUGUUCUAUACAUAAAUCUAUAUAUAUACUAUACAUCUUUUAUUGUGUACAUCUUUUCAUUAUUUUAAUGUUCUUUUUUUUUUUGUACAACACAAUCAAAGCUUUUGUUUUAUGAAAGCUUUGUCAAGUAUGCAAGUUUUAUUUUUUUUUAAUGGAGCAAGAUAUCUUCUGCUUUUUAUUAGAGCAGUUCUCAUUGGUUUUUUGUUCUCCUAGAGGAAACAACUGCUAUGUGCCUUGAAACAUAGGAAGUGGUUCAGUCCUAAUUCAUAGAUAGUAUAUAAAUUUUUAAAAGGCAGCCAAAUAUUUGAUCUUUGCCUCAUUUCAGAGUUGUCUAUAACCUUGACCAUUGGAGCAUUAUUUACAGUUGUAUCUAAAUACAAAAACAUUUUCAAGACAAGAAGGACACAUUUGUAUUAUCUGAAGCAUUUAGUCAUAAGUUCAGUUCAAAUCCAGCUCUAAUCUCUAGGGUGUUCAUGACUCUCUGCUCAAAGUAAAUAACAAAGAACAAUUGUCACAAUAUCACUUGCCAUGUAAGAGACCCAUUAUAUGGUGAUAAUAUAGAGCUGAGAAUUGAAUUAACUCUUAAGAUCAUCUUUUAUCUGUUCACACAAUGAAAUGGGCUAUCUGUGUAUUGAAGUGGUUUUAAGGUGAAGAAUUCACAGCAUUUUAUGAUAAUCUGACUACAUACGAUCUGAUACAUCCAGAGAACAUAAGAUUGUCAUGGUACAAUACAGAGUUGGUCAUGUUACUGAUAUAUUUAGGUAAUACAUUUUUUUAAACCAAUAUAUUUUUAUUUUGUAAAGAUUUAUUUUUAUCAUAUCAAUUAUUUUUUUUACAAAGUGCAAUUUUUGAUAUUUGGUUUUUCUUUGUAUGAAUUCUUGAAACUUUUGUCAUUGAACUCCAGUGUAACUUUGUGAAGAGCAUUUUGUGUCUUAUUCAAUGAAUUGUGUCCAUUCUUUCAGAUCACAUUGUGUAUAGGAAUGUUUUGUUUCCUAUUGAAGCAAUUCAAUCCAAUUAUUUGCCUAAUCUAUUGAGGAAUCCAGUCAUUUUAAUAACUAAAUUUUAUAAUGAGCUUAAUAAAAUCAAUCCCAUCCUAGCCCUAAAAAUGAGCUGUAGAAUUGGCUUCAUGAAAGUAAUUUUACCAUUGUUUUAUUCAAUUGAGCAAUCAUUUUAGUAGCAUUAGAAAACAAUGUUACUGUUCAUUUUGUACUAGUGAUUUGAUGCCAAUAAAUUUGUAUGGAAACAAAA